AUGAACAGUGACCGCACUGAAAGUGAACCCCAACCGGGACCAUCUAACGCGAACGCGUCACCGCAACCGGUAGCGUCAUCGCAGCAACGGGCGACAGCCAAUCCAUGGAAUUUCCUCAUGCUAAACGCCAUCCAUACGUACGCGACAGCGAACGGCAUUCCGAACGCUAACGAAGUGCCACGCGAUGAACUCAUCAGCGCACUUCAGGCCAGAGGCGCAACGCCACUCAACAUCAUCCUCGUCUCACCGCCGGACUAUCAAACGGGACCGGGGUCUACAGAACUGCUAGCACAAUCGUUGCUGCGCAGACGCGUGGACUACCCGCAUCAGUCGCCCAACGAAAGUAUUGAAAUGUACCUGCAACGCCUGGACACCGCCUUCAAACACGACGGAACGCCGAACUUCACGCGAGUCGACUGUCUAAUCGGGCAUUCCCAGCCGAAGGUAGCGGAGGCAGCACAACUCCUAUACGACCAAGGAUUUGAGGACUACAACGUCAUUGCGGAGAAGCUCAAAGCCAGGUUUGGUCUAUCACCAUUCGAACACUUUACCAGGUUCCAGCAGUUCCGACCAGCGUCCGACGAGCUCUUUUCACAGUUUGGUCCACGCCUACGCAACGAAUACCUCCGAUAUCUCGCCUUACCACCCAACGAGGUUGGGCUACAUGAGACCGCCAUCACGCGGGCCCUUAUUGGACAACUAUUGUCCAUCACCACCGGCGGGCUCCACGCCCAACUACACGCGCGGGCGACAGCCGACCGUUCCCUCACAUGGGACGAAUGCCUGGCGAUAGCCGACGAAUACAGACGUACACAUCCGGCACCACCAAAACCGGCCGCAUCACCGGCACCGCAAUCACCCGCCAACCGCCCGCCCAAGACGACGGCAUCCGGAAUCACCAAAUACUACUGCGAAAAUCAUCAGCGGUAUCACGGCCGAGUGCACAAUGUCACGCACGAGUUCACGGGCAUCCACGCCGUCCACAAUGGCUAA